CUCCGCCAUUGUUGUCUUAUUUCUUUCUGUUUGGUUGUUGCUCGCAUCCCUCCGACACCGCAGCCCAGCGUCGGGCCGGUAGAAGCAGCGCCAUGGCUCGGGAGAACGGAGACACCGGGCGAGGGGAGACGUGGAAGAAACAAGUCGAGGACAUCAAGAAGAUAUUCGAUUUUAAAGAAGUCCUCGGCACAGGAGCAUUCUCCGAGGUAGUCUUGGCGCAGGAGAAGCUGACCGGCCGGAUGUUUGCGGUGAAGUGCAUUCCCAAGAAGGCCCUGAAGGGGAAGGAGAGCAGCAUCGAGAACGAGAUCGCGGUGCUGAGGAGGAUCAAGCACGAGAACAUUGUGGCACUGGAGGACAUCCAUGAGAGUCCUGACCACCUCUACCUGAUCAUGCAGCUGGUUUCCGGUGGCGAGCUGUUCGACCGAAUUGUGGAAAAAGGUUUCUACACAGAGAAAGACGCGAGCACGCUGAUCCGACAAGUCCUGGACGCUGUGAACUACCUGCACAAGAUGGGCAUUGUGCACCGAGACCUGAAGCCAGAGAACUUGCUCUAUUUUAAUCCCCAAGACGAGUCCAAGAUCAUGAUAAGCGACUUUGGCCUCUCCAAGAUGGAGGGCAGUGGAGACGUCAUGUCCACUGCGUGUGGCACGCCUGGAUAUGUGGCUCCAGAGGUCCUGGCCCAGAAGCCAUACAGCAAGGCGGUGGACUGCUGGUCCAUUGGAGUGAUCGCCUAUAUACUGCUGUGUGGUUACCCUCCGUUCUACGACGAGAACGACUCCAAGCUCUUUGAACAGAUCCUGAAAGCCGACUACGAGUUUGACACGCCGUACUGGGACGACAUAUCGGACUCAGCCAAGGACUUCAUCGGCAAUCUGAUGGAAAAGGAUCCAGCCAAGAGGUUCACCUGCGAUCAAGCACUCAGACACCCCUGGAUUGCCGGUGAUACAGCACUGUGCAAGAACAUUCAUGAGUCAGUCAGCCGACAGAUCAGAAAGAACUUUGCCAAGAGCAAAUGGAGGCAAGCGUUCAAUGCCACCGCUGUGGUCCGCCACAUGAGGCGGCUGCAGCUCGGCAGCAGCAUGGGGAGCAGCGUGGACGCCUCCAACCCGCCGACCAGGCCGAGGCAGAGCCAGACUGGCCAGAACCAGCCGGCUCAGAGCCAGACGGCGCAGGGCCAGAGCACCAACGCGGCCGCUAGCGAAACCACGUCGACAGACAGCAACGCGGCAGCUCCGCGCAAGGAAUGUGUACCUGCGUCGGUCUCAUCCUGCAGCCUGGCCUCUGCGGUCUCUUCUCCCGCCACAGGGGCGGAGCUAAGCCGGACGCACCCCUCUGCAGUUCCCGCCCCGGUGCUCACAGAGACUAAGUGACGCCAGGUCCCGCGGGAAACGAGCUGGGAGGCCACAGCACUGUGAGGCGGAGAGAUGGGAGAGAAACGGAGGACGACAGGAGAGGAAGAGGGCCGCACCCGCCACCCAAGCCCCCCCGCCCCCAUUUCUUCUUCUGCGUUCCUUGCUCUCCUCGCUACGUUUCCACUUAAACGAGCCCACCCAGCAAGUUUCCCGCCCUGCUCCCGUGAGAGCAGAGGACUUUACUUCCACCCCCACCGAACCCAGCCACACGCCGCCACACUGCACGCCGUUCCCCCUGCCCCAACAGGACGCCGCGCGGCCACGGACUCUGAUCCGGGACGUUUGUGAGGCUUGAGCAGUUGCUGGUGGGGCCGGUGGUAUCACAUUAUUCAGUGUCGGUCAACAUCAACUUCCCUCUCCAAUUGGGUCUUUUCGUGCGCCACUUUAUUUAGCUUUUUGUUCCAAAUUAGGUUUGACUGACUUUUUUUUAAUUUUGUAGUAUUACUGUAAAUGUCAAAGGAGGCAAACACACCAUUGUCAAAUUGAUAUUGCUACUUUGGUCCAAUUACUGUUCAUAAACGAGAUCACUGCCAAGACAAGAGAUCUCUUUAGCAAUCAUUUCUUUACACUGAUUUGACCAAUGCAGCAAACCGAUGUGACAAUUCAUGUUGCCCUACAUGCUACAUAUAGCACCUUUAAGACACUUUACAUGCCCUCGUGGGCUUAUCUGUCUGUUUGUUUGUGCUUUAAGAAGUGCUUUAAAAGAACCAUACGACUGUUGAGACGUGGAAACAUGAGUAAGCGCUUUACGUAUUUUUGCACAGAGGGUCCGAUGUGUUCUCAGACACAGAUUAGCCGCAUUCCACUUAAGUUAAUCAGAGAGUAAAGAUUGUAAACCUCUAUCAAAAAUAAAGCUAUUAUAAUUAUAACGACCCAGAAUGGAAGUCACAGCGUUGUGCCACUUUGUUGACUAAAAGAUUCUUAUCUGUUCAUCAAGACUUAACAAGACAAAUCACACAUACUACGACGCGUGCAGCAGGUUGAGGAUGGAUUAGGACAGAGGCAAUAAACUGCCUCUUUUUGAGAAUGUUGGCCGUCCGCUGCCCCCCCCCCACGUCUAAAGAAGCCAUGACCUCACCGUUUUUUGCAUUGUCAAACUAUACCCAGUUUAGAAGUGCUCAGGGAAAACUACAGCUGCACUCUGAGCUGGUGGAUAUGGAUUUCCCAGUAUAGCUCGUUUCCGUCAGUGUUUGUCUUUUUAUGAUCCAGGUGUUGUGGCAUCCCAGCUCAUGAUACAACGCUGACGUGGUGACUUGUAGACAGCGACUUGGACUCAAACCUGGACUGCUCCACAGAGGACUCCUGUUGACAGCUGGGCCUCGCGCUUGACAGAAUGGGACUGUACCGUCGGAGAGGUUAGGUCUCGCCUUGUCCAAUGAUCCACGCCUUUAGACCCCCCCCCCCCCCCCUCCCCUGAACUGAACACCCUGCUCGGAGAACUGGUUGUAUUGCUAACAUUUUUUGAUGAGUGGGAUACGACUUCAGUAGCUUGGAUUGUCGGGUGCUCAGUCUCACAUAUCAGUUUGUCACGAUGCAAUUCUUCUGAUCCCUUUAUUGUGAAUUGUAGCCAAAGACUAGUGCUGGGUACCAAGACCAUUUGGUUCAUUCUACUCAAUGAAUUAGUUAGAACAGAGCUAGUCAAAUGUGAAGUGGACUUAACCUAAGGGCUGAACACCCACUGCAAACUAUUCUGGAGGGAAAUUUAUUCCCCAUUCAAUUCCUUCCUGAUUUUUUGCCAUUUGCCUUCUUUUUAUUAUCUACACUGAGUGCUGGCGACAAGUAUCUGCAUAUUAUUCAUAGAGCUUGGUUUUUCAAAUUUACGGUCAAACGCUCUCUGGAAUUCACCUUCGGCAUGCUGUGAGUAUUAAGUUACACCUUUUUGGCAAUGAGGUCGACUAAAUCAAAACUUACAAGACAGUUUGUGUUAUGUCCUGCGCGGUGUGUUACUCCUGCUCUCAAUGCACAACAACUUUCUUACCGCAUCUGUAGCUUUCAGCCCCCAAGCCCAUAGACUCCUACUGAGGAAACACAUCUCACAAAACGAGUCACACUCUAUGUAGUUGACAUGAGGCAGAACCAAAUGUCAUUCAAAUCUGCUUCUUUUUGUAGGCGUAGUGUAAGAAGAAAAAGACCUGUUAGCCUCAUUUAUUUAGUUAUUUUCAUAUAUGCAGUAUUAGUGAAAGACUUUUGAGUGUUUCUAAAUAUUUACAACACCCACAUGUCUCCUACUGUUCACCUCUCAGAAAUAUAUAUUACUUCUUGACGUUUUUACAGCGGGGGUCUUGCGUUACCUUUCUCUCUACUCAAUCAAUCCAUGUAAUCAGUGUCACUGAAGGAACCUUUCAACCAUGUAAGGGCUUUAUUCCUUAAUCUGAUUAUUCAUUGUAACCAUGUCUUAUUUCCCCGUUGAUUGCUAUGCAUUUUUCUUUUACAUAUUUAAGUGGCGUCAAUGCUUUUUCUUGGAAGUGGGAUCAGGCGACGCUUAUAGAUUAGUGGGUUUGGGGAAUGGAAAAAUACAAGACACCAAAUCCCUGACAGAUCUACAAUUUCAUUUUAUUCUCGUCAUUAUUGAACUAGCUACAUUGGUAAAGCAGCCUGCAAGCUUUUUCUCUGGCACAAAAGACGUCGACAAAUAGUCAGUUGACACGAUAAGAAUCAUUAAAUGUGAUGUUGUCCACUUUAGGUGGAUGUUUGGAUUUAUGAAUGUACUGUGAGGCAGGCAGGAGGGUUCGGGUUCAUGCUACUCUGUGUUUUUAUGUCUUCUGUUUAAAAAAAAGUGUUCUGAAUGAAUCUUUCUAUGUUCAACAUGUCACUGUAAAUAGAUUGUGAAUAUGAAUGAUUAUUUUCAAGAUAAUAUUUACAAUUUUUUUGCUGUUCGGGCAUGUGUGAGUGAAAGAAUUAAUGAGUGAGUGUUGAGGGAAGCUGAUUGUAUUCUCUAUGGAAUGUUUCAUUCCCCUUUCCCCCUCUCUGCAGUCUGGUGUCACACAUACAGUAUAUGUGUGUAUAUGUAUAUAUAUAUAUAUAUAUAUAUAUAUAUAUAUAUAUAUAUAUAUAUACAUAUACUGCUACACAGUGCAGGUCAAUGACAUUAGUGUUGAACCACCAGUCAUCACCAUCAGUGUCAGUCCAACUAAAAAUGAAAGCAUUGUUUAUUGAACUCAGGCUUAUGUUUUUUUGCCAUUCUAAAGAAAGAAAUCCAAAGCUGUGACCUUCUCAGAAACACACUGUUAAGGACGAGGCGCAGCUUCGAGCCGCUCUCGUCCGCCUCUUUCCACCCUUUGAGCUUGCGCUCAUUGUGUUUGACGGUGUCACUAAAGAUGAAAACGCAAGCAUGACGAGGAAAAAAAAAAAAAGAAGUGCACCAAGAAAUCAACUUUGCCAUGUGUGUUUGCAUAAUCGUGUAUAUGCCCUUGUAUGAUGUAAGUAUCUCUGUAUUAUGUAAAGACGUGCACAGGUUAAGGUGUCUGGAGUCCACAAAAAGCUUAGUCAGAACUACAGUUCGAGGUUCUACAAACAGUUUCCAUAGGCAAAAAAUAAAAUGAUCAAUAUUGCAACCUUUAUUAAUUAACCAUUUAUUAAAAGAAGCGGUAACAGUGUUUCAUGUACUGUAUGUGUGAGCACUACCGCUAAUUACCGUGUGCAGAUUUUCAGAAUACAUGAAUCCACAGACUUAUCAUAAAAAUAAUUAACUUUCUUAACAUAACAUAAGGAUAAGGAUGCGUUUGAAGGACUUAAACAUGAUACCAGCUGCUUUUGUGUGACCCGAUGUCUCCCUGUGGGCGUCCUCGUCCCGCUGCCUGUAUUGUAUUUACUCUCUGCAUGUGACCACGACAAGCUCCCAUCCUGUGCACCCUCCCUCAUAUCUCACCUCACUUACCGUGAUGAUGAUGACUUUCUGUUAAUGGGGCUUGUAUAUCAGAUGCCUUCGACAAUCAUGUGCACAUAUCAGAGGUAACAUGACAACACAGGCCACAGCGACUGUUAUGUUUUGUUUGUCUUUCUCCUGGAAUAAAUUCGGAAUGAUCGUAA